GUAUGUCAACUUUCCAUUCGCCUUUAUUCAGCUUCCGUCACCCACCCCGGCAGGCGCUGAAGGCUCCAGAAGCCCUAGCCUUUGCUUCCUCCUCCAGAACAUCCAUCCCUUUUCAGACGCUCCCAGAGCCAUCUGUCAACUCAGACGUCGCCGUUCCCGCAGGCUCCGCGAAGCACUACUUGUGACGUCACCGAGAGAAGAGGCGGGCUCUCCCCUGCCACCCGAAGUUGUCCUCUUCUCUGAUUGGUCACUGGAAGGCGUCUGUCAAGACGCGUUGCCUUUGCGGUGCGCGCUGAGUGUGGCGUCCUUGUGGUUUGCGAGACCGAGGCUCCUAUAGGGUUCGCAGCUCGCCCGCCCCUUCCAUCGGGGACUUGGAUUCGUCUCGCCCCAGGCGGGCGGCUGUCGAAUCCGGAGGAGAAGCUCAAGGACGGCGGCUCGCGCUGCGCAGGUGGGAAGAUGGCGGCAGCCUCGGUCUCGGCGGCUUCUGAUUCUCAGUUUUCGAGCAUCCUAGCUGAACCAUCAAGGUCUAAUGGAAAUAUGGUUCGUCAUUCUUCAUCUCCGUAUGUAUUAUAUCCACCUGAUAAGCCUUUCCUUAACAGUGAUCUGAGACGCUCCCCAAAUAAGCCCACAUUUGCCUAUCCGGAAAGCAACAGCAGAGCCAUAUUUUCUGCUCUUAAGAAUCUUCAAGAUAAGAUUCGACGCCUGGAACUGGAAAGGAUUCAGGCAGAAGAAAGUGUGAAAACCUUGUCUAGGGAAACAAUUGAGUAUAAGAAAGUACUGGAUGAGCAGAUACAGGAGAGGGAGAAUUCAAAGAAUGAAGAAUCAAAGCACAAUCAAGAACUGGCAUCCCAGUUGGUAGCUGCAGAAAAUAAAUGUAAUCUUUUAGAAAAACAAUUGGAAUACAUGCGAAAUAUGAUAAAGCAUGCGGAAAUGGAAAGAACAUCUGUCUUAGAAAAGCAGGUUUCGCUAGAAAGAGAACGGCAGCAUGAUCAAACCCAUGUUCAGAGCCAGCUGGAAAAACUGGAUCUUCUUGAACAGGAAUACAACAAACUCACCGCAAUGCAGGCCCUUGCAGAAAAAAAAAUGCAAGAGUUGGAGUCCAAACUCCAUGAGGAAGAGCAGGAAAGGAAGCGGAUGCAGGCCCGGGCAGCAGAGUUACAGAGUGGUCUAGAAGCAAAUAGACUUAUUUUUGAAGAUAAGACUACUUCAUGUGUUUCAACCAGCACUAGAAAAAUUAAAAAAAAGAAGUCAAAACCACCAGAAAAGUCCACCAGUCCCAGCCAUGCCGUGGUAGCCAAUGUUCAGCAUGUCUUGCAUCUGAUGAAACACCAUAGUAAAGCCCUGUGCAAUGAUCGCGUUGUUAACAGUGUUCCCUUGGCAAAGCAAGCUUGUUCACGAGUUAGUAAGAGUAAGAAGUCAGUGACGCCUCCUUCCAGCAGUGUUAAUGAAGAACUUUCGGAUGUCUUACAGACUUUACAGGAUGAAUUUGGGCAAAUGAGCUUUGACCAUCAGCAGCUUACUAAACUCAUACAGGAAUCACCAACUGUGGAACUAAAAGACAACCUGGAGUGUGAAUUGGAGGCAUUAGUGGGAAGAAUGGAAGCAAAGGCCAAUCAGAUAACUAAAGUUCGAAAAUACCAAGCCCAGCUGGAGAAACAAAACCUAGAGAAGCAGAAGAAGGAAUUAAAAGCAAACAAAAAGACUCUUGAUGAGGACGGGCACAGCAGCAGCCGUUCAUCUGGAGUCACAAGGACCGCAAGUAAGAAGGAUCUGGCCAAACAGAGACCUGGAGAAAAAAGCAGGAAAAAUCUUCAGUUACUGAAGGACAUGCAGACCAUACAGAAUUCGCUGCAGAGCAGUAAUCCGUGUUGGGAUUUCUGACACAGGUCAUAAAUAAUGUACUUACUGGUCAUAAAUGAUGUACUUACUGGACAAUGAGCAGACUUUCCAGGUCUCAUGCUUGCUAAGCUGCCAUUACUGGUAGGUAUUAGGGGCCAAGCUUCAUUACAGUCUAUUGUGCUAUGCAGCACAACCGAAUGGAGAUGGAGUUCUACAGCAGAGAAGCCUCACCGUGUCUUUGAAUUUGCUGUACUCAUACACUGCACUUUGUAAACAAAUGACCAGUUUUUUACUCGUGGGUGUGUUUUUUAAAGUAGGUAUAUAUGUAAAUUGGGUUUGAAAAUUCAGAAUAUGAGACAGCCCCCAUAGUCAGUGCUUGAAGUCUUAUUUUUUAAACCUUCCCACAGCCUGAAGCGACCACUAUACCUUCUCCAGAUGACCAUUAAAUGUACUGUUUUCAGGAGGACCUUGUUUUGCUUUGGUAUUUUAGACACUAAUCAAUCAUACAUUCAUUAUGAAAUACCCAAACAUUUUUUUACCCAUGAAAUAUGUCACAAUGUCUUCAGUUGUUAAUGAAGUAAAUGAAAUUUUGGAAUAAAAAACUCUAAACAGUUGUUAAUGAAGUAAAUGAAAUUUUGGAAUAAAGAAUGAGAAGUGGGUAUUGUAAAAUGUACACGUUUACAGUUUCUAGACAGUACCUAUUUGUAACCAUGUUAAGCACUGUUUAAUCUUGACUUAAGAGAAUCUCAUGCUUUUAGCAUACAGUAUGUGAACUGAAUACACACGUCUAUCAUGUCAAUGUAAAUUAUUUAACUUUGAGUAUAUCGACAUGUUAAUCUUUAUAAAUUUGGUACUUCAAAUCAAUAAAGCAGUUUUUAAACUUUGCUUAACAGCCA